AUGAUUCAUCCUCGUACGAAGACUUCUACAUUAUUUUUGCAAAAUUCAAAAAAUUUAGAACUUUUUUAUGAACUGACAGCUAUUACAGGAAUUCGGCAUAACCAUAAAAAUGAAGAUGAGCUUAAGCCAUUUGAACUUGUGUCAGAAAAUGCUAGAUCACUCUUUAUUUCGAAAGCAAAUAUUUCUUUGCCAAGUUUUUCUAAAUUCAAUAAUGAACCUGAACUAGGUGGCAGGGAUUUUGUAAACAAAACACCUGAUAAUAUAGAGGCAUGUGUUGCUAAAGAAGCUGGUAAAUCUUUUGUCGUUUCUGACGGAUCCUUGUUUAUCUCAACCCCAUUUUCACCUUUGUUUUUUAUUUUGCCAACAUUAUUCAAAAAUAAAGAACAAUUUCUCGAGUUAAGUUACCUUCACGAUCUUUUAGAAUCUGAAACAACUGAAAUUGACUCACAAGCUACAACUAUUCAGUAUAUUCAAUUCAAAAAUUUGGCAAAUUUAGUUUGCGAUGAACAGGCUCACUCUAUUGACUUUAAAGAUAAUGAUAACAAGCUACCUGAAACUAAACUUUAUCGUUUAUCUAUGGACAAGCUCUUCAUUUAUCUUGAUAAUAUUGUGAAUCGUAUUAUCACAUCCGGACUUCCCACAGAUAUUAUUAAAGAAGUUGUAUAUAAUCCCUUAGUUCCACCCAUAUCAACUAGUGAUGAUCUGAUUCCAAGUCCUCGGUUAAUUGAUUUUUCCAUUCACCGUACUGCGAUUCAUUUGGUUCUGUCGUAUCUUCCACCAGAAAUCUCUAAGGCGUACUAUAUUAUAAAAUCUCAUCUUUUUGAAGAGUUAGAUAAGCAUGCCGAAAAAAUUAAAAAACAGAAAGAUGCCGCUGCUAAGCAACAAUUAGCUCUUUUACAUGCAGAUGGAAUUCCUGGAUCACAAACAGCCAUAACUUCUAAAACGAAAUCAGGUCAAAAAAGGAAAUCAACGGCAAGUGAUUCUAGUAAUACUAAAAAGAAAAAAACAAAUGGUUCCAGUACGAAGACAUUAACCCACUUUUUUAAACCUAUAAAAUCAUCUAAAUAA